AUCUUGGUCCCUACCUGCUGAUGUUCAUGUUAGGAAUGCUUUGGAGUUUGUAAAGCUCUGAUGUGCGUCAGAAAGAACUAUCAACUUGAAGCUCUUAUUUUGAAAAGAAGCCCAGCUAACCGUAAUUCUUCCUGUCAGACGAACAUAGGCGCCAUCUUGACAGUAGUCCUUUAGCACAUUGUGCUGCUGUUUUCUCUUCAGAAAUCAGCGUCUGAAAACAGAAAGCUCUUGUUUCCACGUCUCUGGCUCAUCGGGCUCUCGGUCAUGUCCAGCAUCCAGCUGCUCAGAGUGCUCGUUAACGAGCGGCUGGCCGCGGCCGCCGACGACAUCUUGGAGGCGGUGAAGAAGACCAUCGCGGGCUAUGAGGAGGAGAUCCUGCUGUCCAAACGGGAGAUCCGCCGCCAGCGACGGAUGCUGCAGAGAGAGUCCAGAUCAGAGACGUACGCCGGCAAACACUCAGACCAGCCGCAGCUCGCGCUGACUGUCUGGGACGAGGACUUCCCUGAGGAUCAGCAGCAGGCAGAGGAGCAGUGUGAGCUGGAGUGGAGCCCCGGUCAAGACUUGGAGAAUGAAGAAUCUCUACAGACGGACAAGAACCAGGAGGAGGACGAGGAGCAGCCACAGCACCCGCUUCAGGAGCUGAGGGAGGAGGAAGAGCAGGCGCUGCAAGAGGUUGAAGGGGAGGAGGAUAGCGCCAUCGGGUUCAUCUUCAAGCAUCAGCCCAGCUCUCCGAGCACUAAAGGAGGCGGUGGCGAUCCUCUACCCAGCACGUCCACAGAACAGGAGCAGGCGCAGGAAGAAGUGACUGUGGAAGACAAUGACGAGGCCUCCUCCAGCUCCUCGACUGUCAACAGCGAUGAUGAGUGGAGGGCCAGUGUGGAUUCUCAGAGCGACGACAGCGACAGAAGCCACGAGUGGAAGCCGAAGAAGAAGAAGGGGCCUCGUGUACCGAUGGCGCCGACACUGCACCUGGCCAAAAAACUCAAAUCCAGAAUCUGCUGUAAAGUGUGCGGGAAAGGCUUCCACGCCAACAUCUCUUUGGUGAACCACAUGGAGAUUCACCCCAAGGAUGUCUGUGGCGUGUGCGGGGAACGUUUCGACAGCGAGGAGAGCUUUCACAGUCACGUGAAAACUCACGUGAAAGCGGAGAUCUGCAGCGUCUGCGGGAAGUGUUUCGGGACCUCGAGCAACCUGGAGACGCACAUGAGGAUCCACACGGGGGAGAAACCGUUCCUGUGCAGCGAGUGCGGGAAAUCCUUCAACUGCCGUCACAACAUGGUGCGACACAUCAGGAUACACACAGGGGAAAAACCGUACACCUGCACCAUCUGUGGGAAAUGCUUCAAUGACUACUCGACUCUGAAGCGCCACCUGCUGGUUCAUAUCCGCAAGAAAACCCGCAAUCCAGAAAACUCAUCGGUUAACGAUGACGGCGACAAGGGGCUCAAGACAUCGCAGUCAAAAAAGUCCCGGGCUAUAUGCGAAGUAUGCGGGAAAAUGUUCCACUCGGUGGUUUCUCUGGUGAAUCACGCCAAAAGUCACGCCACAGAUGUCUGCGGCGUGUGCGGGAUGAAUUUUGAUUCUGAGGAAAACUUGAAAAGUCACCUGAAGACUCACAAAAGCGGGAAGGUCUGCGAAGUGUGCGGUAAGUGUUUCGACGGGCACGGAAACCUGGAGAUGCACAUGAGGAUUCACACCGGGGAGAAACCGUUUCUGUGCAAUGAGUGCGGGAAAUCCUUCAACUGCAGACACAACAUGUUGCGGCACAUCAGGACGCACACGGGGGAGAAACCGUUUCUGUGCAACGUCUGCGGCCGAGGCUUCAGCGACCAAACGAGCCUGAAGCAGCACAGCAGCACGCACACGGGAGUCAAACCGUACCGCUGCGAGGUCUGCGGGAAAGGCUUCCACCGAAAGACGUACGUGAGGCUGCACAUGAAGAGCCACACGUCUGGGAAGUGACUGCUGUGUAAAUAAAGAUUUUGAAAAUGAA